AUGGAUAAGGACAUUGAGGUAAAAACAUAAAGUAUCACAUGUGCAUGACUAUUAUACUUAAUACUUGAUGUGAAAUAAUCAUAAUUACCCACCCAUACAAGUAAAUAAGUUAAAGCUUUUUAUGUUCAUUCACAUGAUAAGCUGACAAAAUGUUUACUUACAGAGAUAAACAGUCUCCAAAUGCUUUACAUAAGUAUAUAUCUCUAAACUUGAGAACAUGUGAUAGCACAAACUUACAGUUCCACACGCAGCAUUUUAUAUUGCAAAAGAAAGCAGUAAAUCAGUUUUACAGGUCGCUCAGAUCCCAUCUAUGAAAUUUAUACACAGUUCUGAUUGCUAGCUGUUUUCCUGCCAGUCCAUCCUCUACUUUCUUUUUAUAAAAAAAGUUUUUUUCUCCUAAUUCUGGUGUUCACUCUCUCGUUUUCAUGAAGACCACUCUGCAUUAUAUGUCUUUUAUGCAGUAUUCAUUCACCAACACUUACAAGUUCACUCCCACUAGCAUUCUUAGCCAUGCCCAACCCAGCACUCUCAGCCACAUUCAACCAAACAGAAUUUGCAAAGCCCCUCCCAACUCCCAACCUCACCCUCAUACUCCCUCUAGCUACUCAGAGUAUAAACAUCCCCAUUACUCUUCACACUCACACCACCACUUCUACUCCUGUCUCUCUUCUUCAUGCUUAGCCCUCCAAUCACACCCACGGUCACUCACUCAUACACUUCACUUUACUAUCUGCUUCAGAUCAUUUCCUUUGGUCAAUGAUUACAGAGUGGCCUCUUUGGCUCUUGUCAUCUUCUUGGAUUGAUUCUCCAUAACCUUCAUCCUGUGAUGUAAUUGAAAAGUCAGUGUAGGCUUUCUAAGAUAAGAUGGCACUACUUCAAGAUACUGGCCCAGCAAGUUCACUUGGUAGCAUCCAAACUAUUUAGACUACAUAUCAUCCUCAGCUUCAUGGUAUAUGUUGCAGUCAAAUCAGUUGGCUUUUCAUUCCGGCAUAACUACAGAUUCUUUAGUGCUUCACUGAAACAUGCAAAAACUAUAUUUUUAAAGCUAAAUGCAUUUUCACUUAAUCUAUUUUAAUAUUUAGUCAUAUGGUCUCAUAUUUGAUAGAAAAGUUAAAAUAGUAGAACCAUUGUAUUUAUAAACAAUUUUUCAUUUAACAAAAAUUGGCAAAUGAAAUACAAAAUGAGAUUUCCCGUUAAAAUUCAUAAAUGUUAUUUUUGGUAGAACACAAAGAAUGGAAAUAGUGUCUUUGAUUUUUUUUAAUGUGCAAGAUAUAAAUAUAUACAGACUUAGUCACUAAUCUCUGAUUGUUACAAAUUAACUCUGGAGUGUAAGGAUUUCAUUAAAAUAGCUGAUCUUGAAACAUUCUCCAACUCAGCUACUCAGAGUUAGUAAAUAACCUUUAUAUUCUAAAUACCUUUAUUAAAAUAAAGUACAAAUGUAUUUGAAAAAGUAAUACAGCUAAUAAUGGAAAAUAGCUAUAUUAUUUAAUAAAGUACGUGUCCAAAUAUUUGGUUUAAAUCAUGUUGGAAGUACCGCUAGAAAAAGUGGCUUAAUUUUCAAUUGCAAGAAACAAAGCUAUGCUGGAAUUUAAAAGAAGAGUUUUAUUGCAUGGUUGGAAACAUAUUUGUACUUACUUGGAGGAUAAAGCUGAUUCCAACAGUUACAAUUGGGAAUGCAAUAUUGGAUACACUACGUUGCUUGCAUAGGCUAAUGGAGGUCCUGUCAUUCAGCUGCCUCUUCACUGGGAAACAAGGUAAACAUUUCUUUUUGACCCUUUGCAUACAAGCCUCCUCUUCAAAUGAUCAUAAAGAGAAGGCAUACACUUGUCUCAUAUCACUUGGAAAACUCUCUCUUAAACUUCGCAGAAUUCAUUAGAAGAGGGAACACUGUGAGACGGAGCAUCAAAAGCAAAUUCUACUUCAGAUCACUUUUCUCCAACCAUUCCGAACCCAGUGGGUGAGAUCUACAAAUUAUUUUAUCAAAGAAAAUGCUUUCCUUAGUUUAACAGGAUUUAGGAACCCAAACUGUUACUUCUUGGAAAUAUCCACGUGUCCUCCGAUUUUCUAAGUCUAUUCCUAUCAACAUUAAGAUGAAACAAUUUUUUCGCUCCCUUUUUUACUUCUUAAUCCUGUUAGCUACUUGGAUAUAUAGCAAUGCCUGCCUCGUUUCUGUAAGAUAUUUAUUUCAAGCAAGUCUGACAAAGUAAGAUAUCAAGGACAUUCCAUCACACCCAAGAUAUACCAAGCUCUAGAAUAAUUAGUUGGCCACAGAUGGAAUACUAGAAGAGAUUCCUAGAUUCCAUUGUUUUGUUUUGUUUUGUUUUUGUUUUUUUGGUUUAUUCACAUGUGAUUGAUUUUUCUUACAGGGAAGAACACUACCCUCCAAACACAAUGAUGAGUCCAACAAGUGUGAACCUCUGUGACAGAUUUUAUGACUUUACAGCAUUUGGUGAUGGAACCUUUUCAUUUCAAGAGGAUACCUCUUCGAUGUCCAGAUUUGAAGAUGAAGAAACAGAAUAUGAGGAUGAUUUGCAUUUAUGUUCUCCACUUGGACGACCAAAGCGAAAAAGAGUGAUUACACACACACAGCGUCAAGCUGCAAACAUUCGAGAGAGGAAGAGGAUGUUUAAUCUUAAUGAGGCCUUUGAUUUGCUUCGAAAGAAGGUACCGACAUUUGCUUAUGAAAAAAGACUUUCCAGAAUUGAAACUUUACGUCUAGCAAUAGUUUACAUAUCCUUUAUGACUGAACUUCUUAAGAGCUCUGAGAAGUAA